AUGGUGCGGCAAGAAUCCAAUCCGCUCCGGCAGCGGGAGAAGGGGAGAGGGCGACUGCCCCGCUCUUGCCGGGUUUCGGGGCUGCCUGCCCUCAUCCCCUUCUGCGGCCCUGCGAGGGACCCCCCACCCGUGCGCUGCCAAAGCGGCCGGGAGGCGGUGGCGACAACAAGUGGCCGGAUUGGGAGGCUCAGUCGCGUUCUGAGUGGGGCUCAGAUCCCAGGAAUCUGGGAAAGGGGACACUGGGGUCAGGCCAAGGUGUCAGCCUUCUGUUCCUCCACAGAGAUCCGAGAGGCCUUCAAGGUGUUCGACCGUGAUGGCAAUGGCUUCAUCUCUAAGCAGGAGCUGGGGACGGCCAUGCGCUCCUUGGGUUACAUGCCCAACGAGGUGGAGCUGGAGGUUAUCAUCCAACGGCUGGACAUGGAUGGUGAUGGUCAAGUGGACUUUGAGGAGUUUGUAACACUCCUGGGACCCAAGCUUUCCACCUCGGGGAUCCCGGAGAAGUUCCACGGUACUGACUUUGACACUGUCUUCUGGAAGUGUGACAUGCAGAAGCUGACAGUGGAUGAGCUGAAGCGACUCCUCUAUGACACCUUCUGCGAGCACCUGUCCAUGAAGGACAUAGAGAACAUCAUCAUGACAGAGGAGGAAAGCCACCUGGGCACCACCGAGGAGUGUCCUGUGGACGUGGAGACCUGUUCCAACCAGCAGAUCCGCCAGACGUGUGUGCGCAAGAGCCUGAUCUGCGCCUUCGCCAUCGCCUUCAUCAUCAGUGUCAUGCUCAUUGCAGCCAAUCAGGUGCUGCGCAGUGGCAUGAAAUAGGCACGACACGGGUGCCCGCCUGGCACACUCCACACCCAUGCUGCCUGCAGCCUUUCCCCUCAGCUUACUCUUUGGGCCACCACCCACAGGCACUUUGAGCCUGGACACUGACCACCCCAAUCCUCACCCCAUAGGCCUUGCAUGGAGCCAUGGCCCAGCUGUGGAGGACCUGGUGGUGGUUGAGGACAGCACUAGCCCCUAUACCCUGCCUGUGCCCCUACCUGGCCUGUAUGUAGCGUUAACUUCCCACCACCCGGGAGCCCCUGGGAAAGGAGGGGCUUUACAGGAGUCCCUAGGAUCCAGUUCGUGCUGUGAUCUUUUAGGCAGGCGAGAAACUCAUGUCCAGAGCUGUGGGUGGGGUGGAGGUGGGCACAAGGCUGGGGCUCCUGGGUCCCUUCCUCUGGUCCUCCUUAGACUCAAAGCCAGCCCUCCCAUCCACCUGCUGGGGCCUGUGUCUGUCCAUUUCACAGGUGAGGAGCCUGAGGCUGGGGGGGAGCUAAGAUCUGGUUUCAGAUUCUUCUUCCACAUGGCUUUUCAGGAAAGGCAAAUGCUCAAGCAAGAUGGGGCAUCAGAGGUAGCUCUGAGGCCCAUGAAUUGCCGAGCCUUCCACCAAAGUCUUAGAGACCAAGGCCAAGUUUUCUCCCAGCACAGAACCUAGAAACCCAACUGAGGAGAGCAGAGCCCCUGUAGCCCACAUGACUUCCCCACAGGCCAGGGUGCAACCUGAAGGAUCUGACUCCCCUGAAGAUCUGGCAUAUGCCAACAGUCCAGGGCCUGCCCUUCUGGGGCCCCACUUCUCUGCACCCCCAAGGCUGGAGAUCCAGCUCUCAGCUCUCAUACGCGCUCCACGUGUGCCAUCCCAUUUCCUGGCACUGGUGCAGCCUGGGCAGACGCAGGGCAAAGACAGUUGGCAGAGUCCAUGGGCUUCUUUCCCUAGCCUGGGGCCACAGCCACACUGGCAUGCUCUGUGCCCAGCCUGGCUGAGCCUCUACUGAUCCCUAAGCAAGAAGGGCUGUAUGCAAAGGACACCCU